AUGUUAAAGCUUCUGUUUAACAAACAUUCUGCAUUUUCAAUCAUAGAAAAUAUGCUUCUACUAUAUCUCAUUGCAACUGAAGACCCUAAACAACAAGCUUUCAACAAGCCAAAUGCAAAAACACACUAUCACAUUGAAAAUACAUUUGGCCUACUUGUGCAAAAAUGUUGUUUUUUGUUGAGACACCUGUACUUUUUGGAAACAUUCCCGAAGACACUUCAUGAUUUUGAAAACAAAAUACAAAAUUUUGAUGCCUAUUCAGACGGAAAUGAUGAUAACGAUGUGAAGAUAGAAGUUGAGGAUUUUGAUCUAUUUAUUAACAAGAUACCUGUAAAUUUGGAGAAUGCUUCACUAACUGCCAAUUGUUCUGUGAGGCAGAUUCAAUCUGCACAUGAUCUUUCUCAAGAACGUGGGAGACAGAGAAGAGAAAGAAUGACAGAGAGAAAAAGUCAACUAGCUAUUAUUACACUGCAAAAAUUGCUCGGUUUACCCUAUGUGAAAGAAGGCAGAAUACUGAUAUAA